AUGGAAACGAUCGACAUUCAAAAUAGAGCAUUCGUGGUCCGUUGGGUCAAAUGCUCCAAAGGUGAUACCAUCAGCUAUCAAGUGAAACCUUUGAAGAAAUCCAUCGAAUUAGGAAUUUACAAGAAGCACAAGUCAAAUAUGGAUUCCAAACCCUCCGCGGUUCACAUUGCUCAGGACACGAAGGCCUUGUUGGAUUAUACAAAUAAGAGUUUGCAAAAUAGAAGACACUCUACUGGCUUCGAAAAUGACAAUCAUAGUAACCAUUCGCAUUCGUCGCUAUCAAUUAGCAAUAUCCAACAACAAUCUCAAGAAAUACCUCUACGGGACCGACUCACCGCUUCCGGUUUCACUUUGGUUAAAUGGGUUGGCCACGUCUCGGGGAAUACGAUGACACAAGGUGUGCUCGAGGUGAAAGACGACGAUUAUUAUUACGCUUUCAUCCUCGAUAAUACAUCUUCGAAAAAUGUCAAGAAGAAAACACUUUUCAAAGCAGGUGUUAUCGAUGAUGAUUCACAAUCCAUGGUAAGUGGGAAAUCUACACCUUCCCCUGUGGGUACGCCAAGAAAUUCUCAUGGUUACUCAUAUCAGAGAGAUUCUGUGUUGCGAGUAGAUCAUGGGAGAUAUCUUCAAGGUUAUUUGUCCAAGAAGAGAAGGAAAAAAUUACAAGGGUUUAAGAAAAGAUUCUUUACUUUGGAUUUUAGGUAUGGAACCUUGUCCUAUUAUUUAAACGACCAUAAUCAAACAUGUCGUGGUGAAUUAGUCAUUAGUCUGUCCACUGUAAGUGCUAAUAAGAAGGACAGAUUAAUUAUAAUAGAUUCUGGAAUGGAAGUGUGGGUAUUAAAGGCAAAUGAUACUCGUACAUGGCAAAAUUGGAUUGAUGCCCUGCAAUCAUGCUUUGAGAGCCAGAAAAUGGAACAACAACCCUUAUGUGUCAUUGAGACCACUGAAAAUGAAGAUACCGCUGUUGAUGACGACCAAGAUAUGGAUCAAAGAACGGAAACAAUUAAUACCAGUGUAAGAUCGACAUUAAUGGAACAAUUACAACAAGAGGCAUAUGUACCAUUAUCUGAUGAAACCUAUGCCACAUUUACUACAAAUUUGAAACUAAUACAACAAAAACUGGAAAGGUGUAAGAAUGAUUCUCUAUCGUAUUCUCCAACAAAAUCUGAUAGGACUAAGCUCGUUAGAUCUUCAUCUUCAUCUUCCUCACUGCAUGGUGGUACAAGAAUGAAAGGGUUGGAAAGUUAUAAUCCUGCAAUGGACUCUAGUGAAUCAUUGGUGGCUCCUAUUGAUAUUAAUCCUGAAUUGCCUCCUGAACAUGAACUAUAUCAAAGAUUAUCAGAAUUGGAAAAUUUCGUGGGGCAAUUUAUAACUCAAAGUGAAAUGUUGUUGAGAGAUUUUAAUCAUGUAAAGAAGCAUGCCAAGGAAAUAAGUAGAGUGUCUAUGACAUCAGCAUUUAGCGAUAACGAAGAAUAUUUUGAUGCAGUGGAUCAAAUAAGUCAUGGCGUUAUAAUAUUAGAUGACGAAGAAGCAGAUGAAGUUGAAGCAACUAGAAUCAUGACGAAACUUUCACGGUCCGUAACCACACCCAAAUCAACAUCAAUUGAUACCACCGGUACCCUUACAAUAGAAGCCACGAACGACUUAUACCCGUUACCCGUUACACAAGCCAUUAAACGUCGUAAUGAUGUUGCCAAAUCCAUGUCUACGCCGCCAAGUCUAUUAUCUUUUUUGAGGAAAAAUGUCGGGAAAGAUCUUUCAUCAAUUGCAUUACCAGUGACAUCAAAUGAACCAAUUACAAUCUUACAAAUGUUUUCAGAGACAUUCCAAUAUGCAUCGUUACUACCAAAUGGAUCCACAAGUGACUCCCAGUUGCCUGCAUUAAGUUCAGUAACCUUAUUUGCAAUCUCCUUCCUAUCUAUACAAAGGGACAAGACGAGAUCAUUAAGGAAACCAUUCAACCCAUUACUGGGGGAAACGUUCGAACUUGUCCAUGAUAAGAUGGGAUUCCGCCUCAUUGCAGAAAAAGUAUCACAUAAGCCUCAAAUAUUCGCAUUCCAUGCAGAUCAUGAAGAUUGGGAAUUUGAUUACAUUGUUCAACCAUCACAAAAAUUCUGGGGUAAAUCUGUUGAAUUCAAUAAUGAAGGUUCACUGAAACUGAAAUUGAAAAAAUCUGGAGAAGUUUUCCAUUGGGAGCAGCCUACUACUCUGUUGAAGGGUUUAAUUGCUGGGGAAAGGUAUGUUGAACCAAUUAAUGAUUUUGAAGUCAUUUCAUCAUUAGGAAGUAAAGCCAAAAUCGAGUUUCAAAGAACAGGUAUGUUUGGAGGUAGAUCCGAGGAAGUUGUGGCUUCUGUUCAAGAUAAACAUAAAAAAACAAUUCAAACUAUUGUUGGUAAGUGGACAGAUGUCUUGAAGGAUAGCAAGACCAAGAAAACUCUAUGGGAAGUAAGCGAUUUAUUGAAAGAUUCGAAGAACAAAUAUGGGUUUACUAAAUUUACAGCCAAUUUGAACGAAAUUACAGAUAUCGAACGCGGCCAUUUACCUCCAACUGAUUCCAGAUUAAGGCCUGAUGUGAAAGCAUAUGAAAACGGUAAAAUUGAUAAAGCCGAAGUCCUUAAGUUGGAGUUGGAACAAAAACAACGUGAAAGACGUACAAAGGGUGAGGAUGCCAUUCCAAGAUAUUUUGAAAAGGUGUCUGGUGGUAAAUGGAAAUAUAAGAGGGGUCCCAACAGCUAUUGGGAAAGGAGGAGGCGCCAAGAUUGGUCUGAUGUUCAACCUCUUUGGUAA